AUGGAAGCACAAAUCAUCGAGCUCUUGCCCUUCUUGCACGACGGCAGAAUGGAGGUCCGCCAAAUCGCCAUCCACAACAUCGUCUCCUUCACAACCCCGUCCUCAGAGUACUUCCACGUCUUUGUGAAGAACGCAAAGUCUUUGACAAAGGAUUUGAAGACUUUAGUCAAGGAUGACACGACCAUUGCCCACGAUGCUCUCCGCUCCCUCAUCAACCUUUCAGGAGAGGCUGUUGUUUGCACUGAGCUGGAUGAUAACGACUUUAUCAAGUUCCUCAUCUUCAACAUCAUCAUCUCCAAGACCAACAUUUUAUCGGAUUUGGGAUGUAUGUUGUUGUCCAACAUGUGCAAGAACGAUGCCAUUGCCGCCAAGGUCUUGGCUUUGGAGGGCAAGCCUGUUGCUGGACUCACCACCGGAACCACCGCAGUUGCUCAAUUGGCCGAUAUCUUUUUGAAGGGAACCGACAAGGGCUACAACUCCAACUGCACUUACGACUUUUUGGCCAGUGUCUUUGCUACUUUGGCUGCGCUCCCCCUUGGACGCUCGCUUUUGUUCACCAAGGACGAGAAUAACCUGUCGCCACUCUCCAAGAUUGUCUGCUUCACCGAGCACCCCAACUUGAUCCGUCGCGGAGGCUGCAUCACCACCAUCAAGUACGAACCUCUGGAACUGUUGAAUGCCAGUUUCGCAGUUGAGCACCACCCCGCCUUGCUGGACGAGAGCGACAUCAACGUCCUCCCUUACAUCUUGCUUCCUCUCUGUGGUCCCGAGGAGUUUGACAUUGACGAUAUGGAGGGAAUGCCCGAGGAUAUUCAGCUUUUGCCUCCAACAAAGACCCGUGAGGCGGACGCUCAUUUGCGGGAAACACUCUUGGAGGGGUUGAUUCUGUUGACAUCAACCCGUGAGGGACGUGACUACCUUCGCGAGAAGAAGACUUACCCCGUUAUCCAGAAGAUGCAUGCAGCAGAGUUGGUGGACGAGGUUCAUGAGAUGGCUGAGCGUAUUGUCAACAUGUUGAUGAGAGAUGAGGACAAUGAGAUUGUAGAGAUCAAGGAGAAUGAAGACGAGGAUGGUAUCAGCGAGGUGUAA